AUGGAGACACAGUUCCUUCCGUUUGACUACGGAAACAAGAGAAAGCUUGAAGAAAAGCUGGCUGAAAUUUUAGGAGCAGGUAACUUUCAAGUUAUCCAACGUAUGAGCAACCAGUGGAAAGUCCUUGUCUCUCAAAGAUUGAACUCGACACAGAUUGAGGAUAUCAGAUUAUCCAUGCGAAGACACUAUCUACCCACGGUUUGA